UUUUGGUAGGGUAUGUGAAAGGUGUGGCUGCCUAAUUACCUGGACAGGUGGGCCCUGAUUGGUUGGAAUGUAGGUGAGAGCAGUCUAUUGUUAUGCGGGAAUUAAUGCCGAAGUUGUGUGGGCUGAUCAGUCAGUUGGAAGGCUGUAUUUGAGGUCUGUAGGCGUGGCGUUCCCUGCUGUACUCCCCAUUUCAACUGCAUUCAAGACUUGGACAUUCGUCAAUCAGAUAAAAAGUUGAACCAGACAUGAGUGAAAAUUGCAAGACAUCAUACAACGGUGACGUCACCGAGACAGCCUGCAACGGCGACGUCACCAAGACAGCAUGUAACGACGACGUCACCAAGACAUCAAGCAACGGUUACGUCACCAAGACAGCAUGCAACGGCGACGUCACCAAGACACCAAUCAACGGUUACGUCACGAAGUCAGCAUGCAAUGGUGACGCCACGAAGACAUCGUGCAAAGGCUACGUCACCAACGGUGAGGUCAGCGAUGACGUCACGAAUACGUCAUGCAACGGUGACGUCAAUUAUGACGUCACGAAGACGUCAUACAACGGUGAUGUCAACAGUAACGUGGUUGAUCCGGAGGAAAGGUGGCUGCCGAUCUUCCAAGUGGACGCGUUCACGGACCGACCGUUUUCCGGCAACCCUGCAGCAGUCUGUCUGGUAGAGGAUGGGGACCUGAACGAUGAUGUCCAACAGAAGAUCGCGGCUGAGAUGAACCUGUCAGAAACAGCCUACAUCCGCAAACUGAGCAGUAACGACGACUUUUCUACAGGUUCCAGGUUCGGACUGAGGUGGUUUACUCCCACCAAGGAGAUCGACUUGUGUGGCCACGCCACCCUCGCCUCUGCUGCUGCUCUCUUCUAUAUCAUGGACAACCCCAGCCCUCAGCUCACGUUCCUGACCAGGAGCGGGGAGCUGUUUGCUAAGCGGCAGGGAGACUACAUUUCCCUGGACCUGCCGGAAAACGUCCCUGAGCCACAGGACAGGGAAGCUUAUAGUCGGCUGCUGCGGGUAAAUACAGAGACCUUCAAGUCCUCUCACUUAAAUCCAGAACAAUCGUUUGUAUUUCUAACUUAUAUAAGUUUUACGUUGCUCCAAGCGGUGAAAUGUAAGUGUAUUUUAUCAUUUUCUUUCAAAUCAACGACUGAGUGCCUACGUUGUCUCGUGGUAUUUCAUGCGAUGUCCAGUGCUAUUGUAGGCACGACCCCUGUCCAGGAGGUUCGGUACUGCAGCUCAGUGGGAGGGGACCUACUGGUGAGACUGGCAGACGACACCACAAGGAGUACGUUGGAGAGCCUCAGUCCUGACGUAGGCGCCAUGAUGGCGGCUCAUACUGAGGGCAAACUCAGAGGAGUGGCUGUCACGGUUAAAGGAAGCCCUUCCAACGGCUGUGUAAACGACAAUGGGGUGAAGUACGACUUCAUCUCCCGGUUCUUCUCUCCGUGGUACGGGGUAGCUGAGGAUCCUGUCUGCGGGUCUGCUCACACCGUGCUGGCCAGCUACUGGGCAAAGGAGCUGGGCAAGACUGACUUCUACGUCCGCCAGUGCUCGCCCAGAGGAGGCGACUUGAAGGUUUGGCUGAGAGGAGACGGGAGGGUGGAGGUGGCAGGGAAGGCUACGGUCGUCUUAAAUGGCAAGAUCAAGAUUUGAUAAACGUCUUGAGUGUAGAACCGGGUUAAAGGUCAACUUAGAUAGUUUAUCAUCACUUCUUGUCACUCCGAAUGAAAGCUCCUCUGUGUUGGUAAAUUCCAUAGUGAAAAAGU